UUCGGUUCGGCCCGCAAUGCAAAAUGUCAAAUAACUUAGUUUUUCUGCAUUGCAUUGUGCAAUUAAACUGAAAAAUUUACUCUAAACCUUUAGAUACUGUUAAAAAUUGAAUGAAUAUAGCAAAAACAUUAUCAUCCAGUCCUACAAUCAGACGCUAUCCAUUGCAACUGAAGCUACAGAAUAUGGAGAUACUCAGACAAUUUCAAAGCCUAGCCUGGUGUAAACCAGACUGGUGCUACCCAAGCAUGGGCAAGGAGACCAACGACCUGCUCCGCCGCUGCCUGGAUGUGCCCGCAGUGGAGGUCAGUGACGACGUGGAGGAGGUCAUCCGGAGGAGCCAGGAGUUCCCCGUGCCGUUCCCUAUUGACAGUUGCAGAAUGCACAUUCUGAAAUCUUCAGUGCCGAUCGACAAACUCAAAAGAAACAUAGUGUCCGCCUACCCCAUCAUACAUGAGAGAGUUCUACUGCUUAUGACACACUUUCUCAUCUACAAAAGAGAAUUCGGCAGUCCCAUAGAGAAAGCCUUCUACAAAGACAUGACAGUUCCGGAGUUCAUUGACCGGCUGUUACUGAAGAGAGCGAUAACCUUCAUGGGACAGAAAGACACGUACAAACUCAUUAGUGGGAAGAGAGGCAACGAAGGCUGGGACGCAGUGGGCACACUACACGAGAAGCCUCCACUCACACUAGACAGUGUUCUCAGCUACGAUGAGAUGAAGAUAUCCGCCAUGGUCUAUGUCAGUUCUCGGACUCAUUUUAUCAAUAAUGGCUCGAGAGAUAACGCGGGUGUUGUUCAGAGUGACGGCGGCGGCGUGGAGAGUGACGGGGUUAUUAUUGGUCUGAUCGGCCCACGGUUUGAGCGUAAAGGCAGAAUGGACUACGAAGACAUGCUGAUCACGGAACAACAGAACUCGCCAGAAAACGGAUAUGGGGAAGAGGUUACACCCACAACUUGCCUGAACGUGUUGAAAACAACGUACGUGAGGAACAACCAGUCGACGAAACACAUGUGGCGACAGAUGUGGUCCGAGUUCUACCAGGUACACAGUUACACAUACGAAGAGCUUACAUCAUACGUGAAUAUAACGGACAAAUCUGACGAAAAGGAAAAAUACACCAGCCGAUAUGUCAAAGUGCCAAAUAACGAAGAUACGAUAUUUGAUAACGAAGUGUAUUAUAAAAGAUUGAGUAUACCAUUUGACUGUGCGUUGUUGGAAGCUAAUGAGAGGGCUAGAGAAGAUGGGAAAAUGGCGUUUUUGAAUGUUAUCGGUAUUGGUCUAGGAGUAUGGAAGAUAUCAGCUCACCAGGCAGAUGUGUUCAUACUCACGUUAUUAGAGAGACUUCGAGCCUACCUCAAGAGGGAUCUACUAGAUCACGUGUCUGAUGUGAACUUUGCUUAUGUGAAGCCUAGUGACAGUAUUAGUGCGUUGUUCAGUAAAGCUGAGGUUGAGAAUGAUGAUUCAGCAUCGUCAGAGAAAAGGAUAUUCUUCGAGAGCAAACGGCAUCCAAACGGCGGUAUAAACGUCCAACUGGAGAACAGGAACCCGUCAGACAAGUUGCCCGAAGAGCACGCCGGCAAGUUACUAGUAGUGACCUACCCGUGGGACGGGAACGCACAGCCGGGGAACGAGUUCUGGAUAGACUCCCUAACAGGCUCAGGCGACCCGGCGGCCGCCUGUUCCACGCAAAUAGCAGAACUACACAACGCACACAUCAACACUGCCGUCUCGUCUAGCAGAGUCCGAGUUGCUAGUAGCAGAGGACUGCUGAGUUUGAAAGACGUUUGUAGCAGUCGAUUACCGUGAAAUGUGU